UCCAAGGUUGGGGAAAUAAAUGCACAUUGCACGCUCCUUGUAUAGACCCAUCGCAGCACAGAAAAUAACGGUGCGAGUACUACGGAGCGAUGGCACCGCCGACUGAUGCGUCUCCAGCACAGCCUCACGGAUCCCAGGAAAAACCGCUCUUGGGAAUUUUAAAGAAACAUUGAUUUAGCAUUUUCGAAUGCAUCGCAUCAGAUCCGCUCACGCCACCAAAACGUGUUUGGAGCUGGUUUAUCUGAUGAUGGUUUUCUAGAACAGACUGUUCAGUUUUGGUCAUCGCAACGCAGACUGAAGAUCCGAUCCAUCACCGAUGCGUUAAAUCCGUCACCGUGGUGCUUAAAUUACCCUCUAGACACCGGAAUACGAACAUCUGUGAUUCGCAGGAUCCAGCUGCACCAGCUCUAUAGUAUUCCAGCAUCCUUCCGCCAGUGUGCAUCAUCAUCAUCAUCAUCAUCGCGCCCUGCAGCUCCAUCGCAAGAGGGAGGAUCCGCAGAGGAGCUCUCCGGGCAACACUACACACACGUUCAGAGGAUGCUUUGGAUGUAAAAUAAAUAACGAUGGGGAAAGAUCAGGAAUUACUGCAAGCGGUGAAGACUGAGGACCUGAUGACGGUGCAGAAGCUACUGCAGAGGCCCAAACCUGGGAAAGCAAAGUUGCUGGGCUCUGCCAAGAAGGUGAACGUCAACUUCCAGGACACUGAUGGAUUUUCACCACUGCACCAUGCAGCUCUCAAUGGAAAUGUGGAGGUUAUAUCACUGCUGCUGGAGUCUCAGGCCAUAGUGGACAUCAGGGACCAGAAAGGGAUGCGGCCUCUGCAUUAUGCAGCGUGGCAGGGAAAGUCGGAGCCCAUGAAGUUGCUACUGAAGUCAGGCUCCUCAGUGAACGGUCAGUCUGAUGAGGGUCAGAUCCCCCUGCACCUGGCUGCUCAGCACGGACACUAUGACGUAUCUGAGAUGCUUCUGCAGCACCAGUCGAACCCCUGCAUAGUGGACAAUGCUGGGAAGACCCCACUGGACCUGGCUUGUGAAUUCGGCCGGGUUGGGGUGGUCCAGCUGCUACUGAGCAGUAACAUGUGUGCAGCUCUGUUGGAGCCCAAGCCCGGAGACUCGACUGAUCCCAACGGCACCAGCCCGCUGCAUCUCGCUGCCAAGAACGGACACAUCGACAUCAUCAGAUUGCUGAUCCAGGCCGGCAUCGACAUCAACAGGCAGACCAAAGCGGGCACUGCCCUGCAUGAGGCUGCGCUGUGUGGGAAGACUGAUGUGGUGCGCCUCCUGCUGGAUAGUGGCAUCAAUGCAACAGUGAGGAACACAUACAGCCAGACAGCGCUGGACAUCGUCUACCAGUUCACUGCUACACAGGCCAGCCGAGAGAUCAAGCAGAUGCUGCGAGGUAAGAAAAGGGAUGCCUCAGCAGCCUUGCAGGUCAGGGCACUGAAGGACUACUGUAACAAUUACGACCUGACUAGCCUUAAUAUAAAGGCUGGAGAUGUUAUCACGGUUCUGGAGCAACAUUCAGAUGGGAGGUGGAAGGGCUGCAUCCAUGAUAACCGCACAGGAAAUGACAGAGUGGGCUACUUCCCCUCCAGCUUGGUGGAAGUGAUCAGUAAGAGGCCUGGGGCUGCGGGUAAGAGAGGACAACAGGCGGGUUCAUGGAGUACAGUCACUUGUACCCAACAGUAUCAAAAGAUACAGCUCUGUGCGCCGGUGUGCGGCCCUGUGUCGCCCGCCAUUGCCAUGGUGAAUGGGGACUCGUAUCAUGAGAUUCAUAUCCUGCCGCCUCCUCCACCUCCGCCACCACAUUCCCAUCUGCCACUUUUCACUUCCUUUGGCUAUAACAGGUCCCCAAACACCCCAGGAGAGCCGCACAGUGGACAAGAGGCCAAGAAUGACCAAGAUUUGGCUAGUUCUCGCGGCUCAGAGUCCAGUCCACAUGGCUCACCCACCCCAGCCGGUGGUCCCCAGGGCGGCAGCAGCGAGGAGAUCUGGGUGCUGCGCAAGCCUGUGGCAGGUGGAGACCGCAGCAGUGUGGGCAGUUCAGGCAGUGUGGCCAGUGCUCGAUCCUCUGGUAGUGGACAGAGCGCAGGCAGCAGCAAUAUCCUUCAUGCACAGGCAGAGGGUGUCAAGCUUCUGGCAACGGUUUUGUCCCAGUCUGCCAAAGCUAAAGAACACCUGCUGGAGCAGACCAAGUCUUUGGACCACCCCUCUCACGCUUCCAGCAACAAAGGACCUUCCUCACGCAGUCAGAGUUUGUCAAGCUGUCCACUUCAUGAGCAGCCGUAUGGGGAGGCGGUGUCCCAGAGGAAAGGGGAGGUGCUGCCCGAGGGGAAGAGCUCAGAGGCUGUUAUCGAAUGGCUGAGUGAAUUUCAGCUGCAGGUCUACGCUCCAAACUUCAUCAGCGCCGGCUAUGACAUUCCUACCAUUAGCCGAAUGACCCCAGAGGAUUUAACAGCUAUUGGAGUAACCAAACCAGGACAUCGAAAGAAGAUAACCUCAGAGAUCAAUAAGAUCACUGUUAAUGAGUGGCUGCCUGACCAAAAACCAGCGAGUCUUGGAGAGUGGUUAGCUAUGAUUGGGUUGAGUCAGUAUCACCAAGUCUUAGUCCAAAAUGGAUACGAGAACAUUGAAUUUAUCACUGACAUCACGUGGGAGGACCUUCAGGAGAUUGGCAUUACAAAACUUGGACACCAGAAGAAGCUUAUGCUUGCAGUAAAGAAGCUGGCAGAGAUCCAGAAGGCCUCUGACGGUCGCAACACAUUGCGUAAAAAGCCCCCAGUCACUCAGGAGGUGAUGACUAUUGAGAGCCCACCCCACGACAGCGGAGAGUGUAUGUCCCCUAAACUGACCACGUUCCAGGACAGUGAACUGAGCGGGGAGUUACAGGCUGCUCUGACACGCCCUGCUGAUGUGCAGGAUGGCGCAGAAAUGAGAACAAACAGCAACUUGGGAGCACAACACCGAGCCCGCAGUCUGCAUGAGAACAGUAUGAACAAGAGCCGAGACACCGAAGAGCCUAGUGGGCCACCCAAAAAGGAAGCACGUACUAUGCGCCAGAGCAGCCAGGGGGGGCAGAGAAGUGUCUCAUCGGCGCAGCCAAAACCGCGUCAGUCUUAUCCCCAAGGUACAGUACCGCCCUAUACUCCACCACAAACGCCCACCAAAACAAAGCCUCCCACCUCACAGACGGUGAGCAACCCACCGAGUAAACAAAAACCUAGCUCUCAGCUGCAUCAGCAGACCGAAAAGCCCAUGACAUCUCGUGCUCACCCCCAAUCCCCCACUCAAAGGUCCCAUCCACACCCAGCAGCCCAGCCUGUGGAAACUAAGGAGGCUGCACCUCAAGGACCUGCUGUCUCAGUACCACUCCUGUGCCUGCCUCCAGAAGGCGACGAAGCUUGUGAUGAAUAUGGUCUGCCUAAGAAACGUGCCCACAGCCUGAAUCGCUAUGCUGUGUCUGAUGGUGAACAGGAGCGGGACGAGCUAAAUGUGCCAGAUUCAGGAGGAAAGUAUGCCACAGUACAGAACCGGGUGGGUCGCAGCAACUCAAUGAAAGGGCAAGCAGACAAAAAUGUCAACCGAAGCCAGUCCUUUGCGCUCAGACAGAAAAAGAAGGGUCCUCCUCCACCUCCCCCCAAACGCUCUAGUUCAGCCAUCUCAAGCUCCAGUAGUAAUCUGACGGAAGUGCCCAAGGAGACAAGCAGUGGACCUCUUCUGGAGGUCCCCUACCAACCACAAAGACGUGCAAGCGACCUGGGUGGCACUGUAGACACGGGCAGUGCCGGUAGUGUGAGGAGCAUUGCAGCCAUGUUGGAAAUGUCCUCCAUUGGUGGGGGUGCCAAGGGUCUCUCUUUACAGAAGUCUGCAGGUCACUAUCUGCAGGUGGGUUCUGCAGGAGGAAAGCAGCGUGAUGCCAUUGGUCUGGAUGGAGAAGUAGUGAACCGUCGCAGAACUAUUAGUGGGCCGGUCACUGAGUUAGUAGCAGCUGCUAAGCGAGGACCACAGCCGGAGCCAGUCCAGGAUAGACAACGCAAUGAAACCCAGCCAAGCUCUAGUGGGAGCUCAGCAGAGACCCUUCCAUUUGCUGAGGAUGGAAACCUCACUAUCAAACAAAGACCUAGACAGGGCAAAGAUGAGACUGAGGAGGGACUAGAAAUGUCAUACUCUUUACCCCAGGAGGACCCUUCACCUGUGGAUGCCACAGCCUCGCUGAAAAGGCCGGUCCAGAGCACCAAGCAGCAACCAAAUGGCACCAAGUUCCAACUCACAGAGUCAAAUACAGUUAAGCGCCGCCCCAAGAACAAAGACAAAGAUACAGAAGAACUCCAGGAUGGGCAGAUGCCUGUACCAUAUGAGAAUGGAACUGGCACCAUUAAAAGGCGCCCUGUGUCAGAGGUGACUGUUUCAGAGCAGCCCAGGCCACAGGAACAUCCUGAGAACUCGCCUCGUCGGGACAGUGCAGACCUGGAAGGCCAUGUUACUGAGAGUGCCCCUCGUAAGUCCGUCAAACCUCCGGUGUCCCCCAAACCUGUUCUGGCCCAGCACAUGAAGAAACAAGGACCGCCGGCUGCCAUCACCAAGAAAGCCCCAUUUCCUGGACCAACUGGGGCACCUGGCAGCCCAGGUACUACACAGUGCGGCCCUUUCACUUGCCCUGUCUUUACACAAUUAUUUGAAGGAAAGAAAGUACCUCCUCCAAUUUCACCAAAACCUACACCUCCUCCCACAGCUCCCAAACCAUCCAAAAAUGUUCUGCAGUCUUUAAAUGCGACACCUAAUCCCACUCCCACGCCCUCUCCAGCCAAGCAGACUGUCACCAGAAUGGCCAGCACAGCUUCUGCCCAGAACAACCACCCUGUCAAAGCUACAACCCCACCAGCAUUGAGUGCGCAGACCCCACACACACCCCAGUCUCCUCACACCCCACAGACACCUCAAACACCCCAAACCCCACAGACACCCCAAACUCCCCAGACAUCAGGUCCCCCAACCCCCAUCCCUACACCACCACCUGUGAAGCCCCCUCGCUCCUCAAUCAGUGGGGUGUCCAUGGACAGUUCAGCUGGAUCAGCGUUUAUCACAGGGGUAGUGACAGUAGAUGCAGUGCACCAGAAGAUAGAGGAGACCAGUGCCUCACUGGCUGCAGCCCUGCAGGCAGUCGAAGAGAAGAUCAAGGAGGAUGGGCAAAAAGACUCAUUGGCGGAAAACAAGAGCACAGUGAGCAUCCUAGACGACAUCGGCAGCAUGUUCGAUGACUUGGCCGACCAGCUGGAUGCCAUGCUGGAGUGAAGAGCACAGCCUGUGUCUCUGUGGCACAACCUCAGGGCCCCGGGAGAGCACAAGGGCACAAUGACCAACAACAAACCCACCUAUCCCUUCCUAAUCCUCAUCCCUGGCUCCUCUCACCCCUCUUUUCUCCUCCCCCUUCCCCGUCACCAUGAAACGCCUAUCUCUCCUCUCUCCCUCCGAGUUGGUUUGCACAAACCCGAGCUGAUGUACCUCAGGACUGGGCAGGGCUUUAAACAUCAAAGACAGAGCAGAGGGUGGAGAGCAGAGGUUGGGUUUUAAUACAUAAAGCUCAACUCUCUGUCAAUUAAUAUCUCUAUCUACCAUGAGCAAUGAGUAGUAAAAUAAUACGAAAACAAUAAUAACUGUAUAUGAAAUAAUAGUAUGGUAUGUGUAUAUUGUAAGCAUGAGGAAAGUUUGUAUCUUUAAAGAAAAAAAUCUCAUAGUGAGAGUCAUGCAUUAGUACAGUUAUAUAUACAUAUAUAUAAAUAAAUAUAAAUAUUUUAUGUUUUUAUUUAAUGUUCAAUGGUACAUACAGUGUUGAAACAUUAAGAAAUCUAUAAACUUUGAUGACAGAUAUGUGGAUUUUUCUAAGACUAUAUUGAAGUAAAAAAAAAAAAUUAAAAAAAAGAUUAAUAAACAUCCUGUAUGUUUGGCUGUGCUCUGCUGAAGAGUGUUGUGGGCUGUGUUGAAUGUAGUGAAGUGACUGAAGUAGCUGUUUCACCCCCUGCUCUGUGCGUGCUCUGGGCUCCCGCUCUGUGCUGCUGUGACCCUUUGUUUCCAUUCACGUUCUGCCUGUGUGAACGCAUACACUCCUGCUCCUGCACAGCCUUCCUCCUUCACCUGCCCUCUUUCUCCUCCUGCCCUCAUCAUGUGCAGUGUCCUGUGUGCCUUAACAUGAGAGGUGACCUCAGUGCUUCUAACACACACAAGCAAACUGGUUCAAACUGAGAAAGGUCCGAUGUCCAUGUGGGAGGCAUUACCCUGUGUGCUCUGAUUUGGAGAGGAGUGACCUCAUUCUUGGACAUCUCCAUGCUUCAGUCAUCUGCAGCAAGGUGAUAAACAGUUUAGGCCUCGAAGUCGCCUAAGGAUCAUGCAUCUAAUAGGGUUAUGUUGACUUUGACUAUACACAGGCGAGAACAAGGUAAAAGGGUCCAUUGAAGGUUGACGGCUUGCAGAAAGUGGGACGUCAGGAAGCACAAAGUGAGGAAGUUGCAAAUGUGUGUGUGAGUUGCAUAAAACAGGAAUCUAAAAGAAACAUGCAUGUACAGACUGACAGUGAACUAACAAGGAUUUCGCAAAUGUUGAUGUGGCUUGAUGCUCAGUAUUUCCACCUACCCAAGGAAUCUUCUUAGCUUAAGGGUCUGUGAGUUUGGACAGGUGUAGUUCCAUUGGAAGCCUGCAUGCAGUCUAAUCUCAGCACAUCGCUCAGCGGCUGUUUAAGGGUGUGAAUGUACCAUGGUGUGCCUGCUUUGUUUUGCAUUCCCCCCCAAUAUCAUCCAGACAGACAUUUCCUUAAUGACCAAAGUAAGAACACCAGUCCAAGAUGCAGUUAAGCUUGGGUUCAUAACUUAUUCUGAAAAACAUAGCAGUAUCUAGGUUAAGCAUAUUCACUUUAUAGGGACACAUUGAGGGUAGACUGAGUGAUGCUUUUACAGUUGUAAAGUUUGGUCUCUGUGGACAUAAGAUGUUUCCAGAUGCCAUGCUCUCUCAUUUACAGUGGGAGCGCAGUUCGCCGUUAUGACAGCACCGGUCACAAGUGAACCUCUUGCAAGCCUCUGAAUGUCAUUAUCAGCAAACUCACAGUCUCUCAUUAUCUUUAACCGUCUUUGUUGCCAUGACAAUCUGCCUGCUCAUUAUUAGAAUCGUCACAGUAUCAAAAUGAUCUUAAAUGUAAUUAAAGAAAGGGCCCAAAGGAAGGGGACACAAGCAAGAAAAGUAGUUGAGUAGGUCCCACAAUGCUUUACACACUUUCAGUAGCUCCAUAUAUGCUUAACCCCUUCUCCGGUUCUCAGAAGAAUAUUUGUAAUAUUUAAGUUAUGAACAGAGAUUAUUAUAGAUGUUUUCAACAAGUAUUUAAUGAUGCAGCAUCAAGAGGGCUUGUUGAUGAAACUGCAAAUAUUUGAGAUAAAAGUGUUUUAAAUGAAUUGUAAAUGGUCUUUU